UUCAUUGUUUACAUUUGAAUACGUGACUCUUGCCUUCCACUGAGUUUGUGCAGAUCUCCCAGCUAGGUCUUGACUCUAGGUCUAGGUCUUGAACAAUGUAACUGUGAUGACAGUUUCUAAAAUAUUUAUUGCCCCCACCCCACAAGCAGCUUAAUAGUAUGUAACAGCAUGAUCUAGAUCUUGUGUUGUACUAGCUUUUGCUAGGGCUAGGGAGUAGGUCACACCCAUACAUUUGAUACAUAGUAGAACUAGUGACUAGAUAUAGUAGGUGCAGCUAGUACUUUAACUAGUAACUACUCCACUGUUACACCCACUGGCAUUGCUUUCAUAUUUUAAAAAAAGUUGUUGUGUGUGUCAUUUCUCCUCCAGUCAUGUCCACGAGACCAGAAGACCUACAUCUGCGACUGAAAACAGAUUUGGAUCCUGACAUUGACAAAGAAGAUCUAGACAUGCCUCCUCAGCAAACAGAUUCCAAUCUACUUCUUCAGUUAGGCAUCAGUGCUCUAUCUGGCAUCCUAUUUGGAAUAUCAAUUGAAAAAGGAAGAGUAUUUGAACCACAGAUGAUACGAAACCAAAUGCUGUUCAGCAACUUCACAAUGCUGAAAAUGUUUCUCUCAGCGUCUGCCACAGGAAUGAUAGCAUUCUCACUUCUGACCAUGAUCCCUGCCACAUCUAAAAAAAUGAAGCUGGCACUGAUUGAGUUUUUCAGUGGUCUGCGAACAAAAGGGUUUGCCUCGGCAGCUGUUGGUGGUGGUCUACUUGGUGUCGGCAUGACCUUGUCUGGGGCAUGUCCAGGUAUGGUACUUGCCCAGGUAGGAGCAGGUGUUCCAAACUCAGUUUAUACUAUGCUUGGUGGCUUCUGUGGAGUCUAUCUGUAUGCCCUCUCAGAGCCAGUGUUAACUCCAAUGUUCAGACCUGCCAGAAAGAGUCGAUAUGACACAUUGAAUGAGUACAUGAGCACUCCCUAUUUCAUCCUUGCUUGCCCCUUGGCAGCCAUUCUUGGACUGGCAGUCUUCACUGUAGAAGUUUUGUAUCCAUGGCACACUCAGGUAGAGAUUUCUGGAAGUGGGAUAUUAGGUUCUCGUGCUUGGCCACCCUAUGUAGCUGGAAUGAUUAUCGGAUGUUUGCAAAUACCUACUGUGUUAUCUGUUCAGGAUACUUUAGGUUCUGCUACCAGCUACGUGACCAUUGGCUCACAAAUUUUGGUUCUUAAACCUCUGCAAAAAACUUUUGAGUAUAUGAAGAAAUACAUGAGAGGACUUGGCAACUGGUGGCAGGUUUUUUAUGUUUCUGGAGCUAUCCUAGGAGCUCGUCUAUCAGCAUCAGCUUCAGACACAAUAGGUACAGUUGAAGGUAUAGGUCAUUGGUAUAGUUUCUUUGGUGGACUGGUCAUGCUCUAUGGCUCUCGCUUGGCAGGAGGAUGCACGAGUGGACAUGGGCUGUCUGGCAUGGGACUUUUAGCAUUGAUUUCAUUUGUGGCUGUGCCUUCCAUGUUUGCUGGUGGAAUAUCAACCGCUUUCCUGAUGAAGUAUGGUCUUGGUGUCACAAUGUAAAAUUUCAUAUUCUAGUCAAACUCACUAUGACCACGCUCAAAUCAGCAACCACUUGCUCUGAACAAUUGUUUCCCAUUAUUGUAAAUACUAUAUGCUCAGGGGCCGUAAUCAUUCUAAAAUGUAUACGUAAAUCAAAUGUAUUGUUUGAGACUCUUUAUAAUUAUAGCUUUUGCUACAAGUUUCUAGCAUUGUUGAAUCAAUCAAUAUUUGAUUGUGGUAGCACCAUAGAGCAUUGAACAAACCAAGCUACAAACAUCACUUCUCUAUUGUGGUUGUUAACUUUGUAAUGUUUGUAGAAUUUUCUUUUUACUUAGGGCUGUUUAUAACUAAGGCUAAUAUGUUCAUUUUUUUGGUAAUUUUUUUGUAUGGGCUUUGUCUUAUGUGACAUAUUGGGACACUACAUAAUAUGACAUGUAACAGUGCAAUCUGAAUGUUAUAUAUUGUGUGCCUGUAUUAAGAAUCUAUAGCUCAAUAAACUUUCUAUCAGUCUCUCAGCCUACUAGAGAGAAGAAAGAUUAAGUCCUGUCUUCCACCAUUAAGGAAACAAAUGUUUAUGAAUGCUGUGCAAGGAUUGGAACACAAUGUGCCAUAAUGAGAGUUACGUAGGCACUCCUCUGCAUUAGUGUUAUUUAUUUUGCAGUGUAAUUGCUUGAAGCAUGUUAAUUGAAUGUAUUCAAACCAUUUGUUCCAAACAAUGACAUAUACACAUAUCUUUAUAUUUAUUCCACUGGUAAUCAAACUUUUCAACUUUUUUUUUUUUUGAAAAUCUAUAAUAAAUAAAUAAAAUAAAU